UUGGCUCUAUUGAGUGAACUUUGCACUGUACGAUUUCCGUGUUUGACACGAGAUUUGUCUUUAGUUAUCCGUGAUAUGAAAGCCUCUGGUGUGAUCUUGUGUUUUGAACCAUGACUAGUUGCGAAAUUCUGUAAACCUUGCGUGGUGGAUCGUAUUGACCGUAUUGACGGUGUUGACAAGGGGACCCGUAAUGUAUUACUAAUUUUAGGUUAUGUCAGUAGCACGAAUGGAUUUCGAUCAUUCUUGGCCUGAGACUGCAGAGUGUCUCACUCUGGAUUUUGGACCAUUUGAAGCUGUUCAUAGAUGGAAGAGAAUGCUAGAAUGCGACGAGUUCGUGGGUGCCAGGAGGAGUAAACAUACAGUUGUGGCAUAUGGAGAUGCCAUCUAUGUUUUUGGAGGAGAUAAUGGGAAGAGUAUGUUGAAUGACAUGCUAAUAUUUGAUGUAAAGGAGAAGUCAUGGCGUCGAGGAAUUUCCAUAGGAACACCACCUGCACCAAGAUACCAUCAUUCAGCUGUUGUACACGAUGCAUCCAUGUUCGUGUUUGGCGGUUAUACAGGAGAUAUCCACUCAAACUCAAAUCUGACCAACAAGAAUGAUUUGUUUGAAUACAAGUUUAAGACUGGACAGUGGAUUGAGUGGAAAUUCAGUGGCAGUACCCCUGUGCCCCGCUCUGCACAUGGCGCAGCGGUGUAUGACGGGAAGCUAUGGAUAUUUGCAGGUUAUGACGGUGAUGCCAGGCUUAAUGACAUGUGGACUAUCUCACUGCUGGGAGACUCGAGGUCUUGGGAAGAGGUUGUACAGGAAGGGGAAUGUCCUCCCACUUGCUGCAACUUUCCUGUAGCAGUGGCUCGAGAAUCAAUGUUUGUAUUCAGCGGACAGAGUGGGGCAAAAAUAACCAACAGUUUGUUUCAGUUUCACUUCAGAAGUAAGCGCUGGACACGAAUAUCAACAGAACACAUUCUCCGUAAUGCACCACCCCCUCCUGCACGCCGAUAUGGCCACACCAUGGUGGCAUUUGAUCGCCACCUCUACGUAUUUGGAGGAGCAGCCGACGGCACUCUGCCAAAUGACCUGCACUGCUACGACCUUGACACGCAGACAUGGUCUGCUGUGGCUCCAUGUCAUGACUCACAAGUUCCUUCUGGACGGAUGUGUCAUGCUGCAGCUGUAAUAGGGGAUGCCAUGUACAUUUUUGGAGGCACUGUGGAUAACAAUGUUCGCAGCAGGGAGCUGUACAGGUUCCAGUUCUCAUGUUACCCUAAGUGCACUCUACAUGAGGACCUGGGAAGGCUACUGGAUGCACGUCAGUUCUGUGAUGUGGAGUUUGUGGUGGGUAGCGAGGAGGUGAAGAUUCAUGCACAUGUUGCUAUGGUAGCUGCACGUUCACAGUUUCUGCGCAAUCGCAUCCGACAGGCUCGUGAGGCCAGAGACAAACAUCUGGAAAAGUUAUUUGGGACAACUCAAGUGCCAUUCAAGGACCUUCCUCUUCUCGAAGUACAACUGCGUGAUGCUGUCCCGGAAGCCUUUGAGAUGGUGUUGAAUUACAUCUACACUGACCGAAUUGACCCCACUAAGAAGAUUGAAAACCCGGCGUGCACUCGCAUUGUUCUGCUCAUGAUGGAUGUGUACAGACUUGCUGUACAAUUCCACAUGUGCUGCUUGGAGCAGCUGUGUGUGCACUACCUGGAGGCCACAGUCAACCACCAAAAUGUGCUGGAGGCGCUUCACAAUGCUUCACACCUGAACUUGCUGUUCAUCAAAGAGUUCUGUCUGAAGUUCAUUGUCAAGGAGACCAACUACAAUCAGAUUGUGAUGAGCAAGGAGUUCGAGACAUUGGAGCAGCCUCUCAUGGUUGAGAUAAUUCGACGGCAACAGCAGCAAACUCCGCAGUCACGCUCACAGGUGGAGCCCCAGUUUGAAAGCACUGGGACUACACUCGAGCAGGACAUGGAGGUGUUCCUCAACAGUAUUGGCAAGGAGUUCUGUGACAUCACUCUCAUGGUUGAUGACCAUCCCAUUCCUUCACACAAGGCUGUACUGGCAGCACGCUGCAGCUACUUUGAGGCCAUGUUCCGUUCUUUCAUGCCUGAGAACAAUGCGGUGCAUAUCCAGAUCGGAGAGAUGAUUCCAUCGCUGCAGUCUUUUGAUUCACUUCUGCGCUACAUAUACUACGCAGAUGUGAAUAUGCCUCCUGAGGACUCGCUUUACCUAUUCAGUGCCCCUUUCUUCUAUGGUUUCACUAAUAACCGUCUGCAAGCGUUCUGUAAGCAGAACCUUGAGAUGAAUGUGACCUUUGAGAAUGUGAUACAAAUCCUGGAGGCAGCUGACAGGAUGCAUACCUCAGACAUGAAGAAAUAUGCAUUGAGUCUAAUUGUUCACCAUUUUCCGAAGGUUGCUCGCUUGCCGAAGUUCCAGACCUUAAGCCGAGAGCUGCUGCUCGAAAUUCUAGCUGCCUUGGCAGAAAAGAGCGAUCUGAAGCUCUGUCAGGAUAUGUCAAGCAACAGCAUCAGCAGUGACGGUUGAGAAUUCAUGAUACUGGGAAUCCUGACACAGUUACUGUUAUAUGCCAUGUUGCCAUCUUAACUUUUGUGUCUCGCUUUAUUGUUCAUUCAUGUGUGUCUGCCCUUGUCAUUUCUCAGGUUCGUUAGAGUAUUGCAUCACCAGGUAGCCAUAUUGAAAUGACAAUAUUGCAGUCCUGCACACGUUUUCUAUAAAUCUAGGCACCAUCUCAAAAACUAGGAACCAGCAUAAAAGAUAUACAGAGUCUUUUUUCACACAAAGGACUACUAAAACAUCUACAGAGAAAUAAUGUCCAGUUCAUUUCAAACUUGGGGGAAACCUGACACACCAUUGCCAGAAUGUAGGGACAGGAAUGACAAUAGGAUGUACAGGUGAAAGGUAUGGGAAAGGAAUAGAAAAAUGGAAGAACAGGAUUGAGGGAGAUGUUUUAAUGUGAAGGUAAGGACAGGGAAUGGAUUGACAGUAGGACAGGCAAAUAAAAGAGAUGGGAAUGCAGUAAUGGAGAAAGAGAGAGAAAUUGAAACAGGAAGGGGAAAAGGGAGUUUGUUUGCUUGUCAUGUUUGAUGAAUUAUGCGCUAGUGGUGAAGUGGUAGGUAGAAAAUUUUAGGUUCCAUGUCAGCCUGACACCUGGGAUCUAUGCUGGCCUGGUAUGUUGAUCUGAGGUCUCAAUCAGGCAUCAGGCCUUCCAGUGUGCCCAUCAACCGAAACUUUAUCAUUUGUGUGGGGGUGCGUGUGGUGUUUCUGCUUCGUAAUUGCUUUAUGCUGGUUUCUUGCUUGACUUACUCUUCAACCCUGAAGAUGAAGGCAACAUGUUUAUCCAAAAUAUCAGAUUUCAACAGACUCCAUGCUAUUUUACCCCAGAAGCAAUUGUGUACAAUUUCAGGGGGCUUAGGAACAGUUGUAUCGGGCACAGUAUUCCCCCUUUUCGUCUAUCUUUUAACCUUUGGAUUCACUGCUAACUUGUUCGCUAUAUGGUUUUCUAGUAGCAAAAAUGGAACGAGUAUUGCUGUGUCAAAAUAAAUAUCAAAUUGGACUGCAUUUGGAUAUCCUGUGUUCCUAGUGAGAAAGAUUUUAGUCUUCUGGUCUGAUGUUGGAAGCAGCAGAUUCCUCUCAAAUGUUGGCACUUACAUACCAAACUGCAUGGCGUCACAUUCCUGAAGACUGGUGUGAGAACCAGGAUCAGUCAGUUUAGUGCCUGGGCUGUAGGAAUUGGCAGUUUCAUUCCUGGCAGGGGCAAGAGAUCAAUAUCUUCUCUGAAGUAGCCAGACUUGCCCUGGGGUGCACCCAGCUGUCCU